AUGGAUAAUAUAAAGAAUAUUUUAUUGAAUAAACUUCAAGAAGGUGCACUUUUUGUUAAAUUAAAUGAUGAUGGUUCAUUAAAUGAAGGUUUCUUCUAUAUUUGUCCAAAACUUAAAUCUCUUUGUUAUAAUCCAUCAAAAAACUUUUCUCAAAAUUCGACAAAUGAAUAUCUUCUAAAAGAUUGUGAAGUUCGAGCUGGUUUCAAAACAGAUACAUGGUUAAAAGUUCUUCGUCUAGGAAAAGUACGAGAACAACAGGGUGAUUUAGUUUUUUCAAUUUUACAUAGUCGUGGACGAAAAAGUUUAGAUUUACUUGCAAAUGAUAUAGAAACACGUGAUAUUUGGGUUCAAGGUUUAGAAAUGCUUAUUCAUGAUAGUAUUGGAAAACCUUAUACGAAAAUUACUGAUAGAUGGCUUGAAGGUCUAUUUAAUGAAGCUGAUCGUGAUCGAAAUGGUCUUUUAUGUAAAGAUGAAGUUCAUCAAUUAUUAGAAAAAUUAAAUGUUCGUUUAACAACCGAUGAAUUUGAACAAUAUUUUGAACAAACAGAUUUACGUCUGGCGAAAUUACGAGGACGACUUCGUGUAGAAGAUUUUAUAACAUUUUAUAAAAUAUUAACUUAUCGACCUGAAUUAAUGCAUAUUAUUCAUAUUUAUAGUGGAUCAUGUGAACUUUGUACAUGUAAUGGAAAUCCAACAAUAUCUAUUAUUUGUUCGGUAUUGAGUCCACUUAUUGAACAAUCAAGUGCUGUAACACCUGCGAUGAUACUUUCAAAACUAUCGUUUCCAACACAUUCUGGAACAAUACCAAUAAGUUCGAUGACUAAUAAUUAUAUGACUAUUGAAGAAGUCAAAGAAUUUAUGUUAAAUGAACAAAAACAAGCAUUAUCAUUGGCUGAAAUUGCAGAAUUAAUUAAAAAAUUUGAUCCAUCAACAGAAGGAAAAGAAUGUAUUGAAAUGGGUGUUGAUGGCCUUCGAGAAAUGUUAUUAAGUGAUGAAAAUCAAUUAAUGAAACCGGAACAUCGAAAUAAAGUUUAUCAAGAUAUGACUCAACCAUUAACUCAUUAUUGGAUCAAUACUUCACAUAAUACAUAUCUAUGUGCAAGCCAAAUGGUAGGUAAAUGUACUGGUGAAUCAUAUGUUCAAGCAUUGCAACGAGGUUGUCGAUCUGUUGAACUCGAUCUUCAUGAUGGAGCAGAUGGACGACCAGUUGUUCGACAUGCAUAUACAUUUAUUAAAGAUGCUUAUUUAGGUGAAAUUCUUACACAAAUAAAACAAUUUGCAUUUUGUGCUUCACCAUAUCCAUUAUUUCUCAAUCUUGAAAAUCAUUGUUCAAAUAAACAACAAUAUCUUGUCGCGAAAUUAUUACUCGAUGAAUUCGGCUCAUCAAUAUAUACAGCUGAAGAAGCUAAUGCAUGUACAAGUUGGCCAUCACCAGAGCAAUUAAAAGAACGUAUCAUCAUUCGAGGACGAGUUACACCAAAGAAUGAUUCAUCAAUUGAUUAUAGUAAUGAAGAUGAAUGCUUCGAUCCAGAUGUUUCCGUUAUUUGUAAAGAUUUAGCUGCUCUUAUUGCUUGUCAUAAUGCAACAUUCAAAGGAUUUACAGUUGCUAAAAAAUAUAAACAUAGUCAAUCAUCAUCAUUAUCAGAAAAUAAAGCAUUAACAUUAGUUGAUCAGCGUACACUUGAUCUUAUCCUAAAUAAUCAACGUUUAAUUAUACGUGUUUAUCCAUCUGCUUAUCGACAAGAUUCAAGUAAUGUUGAAACUGUUUCAUUGUGGAAUGCAGGUGUACAAAUGGUUGCAUUAAAUUUUCAAACAGGUGAUGUAUCAAUGUCACUUAAUCAUGGUCGAUUUACGGAUAACAAUCAAUGUGGAUAUAUUUUAAAACCAGCAAUUUUACGUGAAAGUAAUACAACAUUUAAUCCAAAUAGUUGUUUUACUGCUUAUCUUCUGGCUCAACGAAGACCAUUAAAAUUAGAACUUUGUAUAAUUAGUGCACAACAUUUACCAAAACGAAAUCAACAUGAUACAUCACCUGUAUCACCAUUUGUCAAAGUAAAAAUUUAUGGUGUUCGUUGUGAUCAAAAUGAACAAAAGACUUCAGCUGUAUUAACAAAUGGUUUAAAUCCAAUUUGGAAUCAUUUAAUGCAAUUUUCAAUUUGUAUUCCGGAAUUAUGUCUUAUAAGAUUUUCAGUUAAAGAUAGUGAUAAAAGUAAUACGGAUCUUGGUCAAUAUUCAAUUCCAUUUCUUUCAAUGCAAUCUGGAUAUCGACAUAUUCGAUUACUUGAUAGACAUAAUUCUCCAACAACAGCAACUUUAUUUGUGCAUGCAAAAGUGAUAAAUAUGGAAGCAACAGGAUGA